CGAUAUUGUUUACGACAAGAUUCUUCAGGAAUCGGAACGGAUGUUUUCACAAUUGUUUACAUAAAAAUACAUUUCAAGUAACCGUGCAAUGGCGGAUAAAACUGCACCUGAUGCCCAACUUCGUUUGGAAUGGGUGUACGGCUACAGAGGUCACCAAUGCCGCAACAAUCUGUUCAUAACCGGUGCCAAAGAAAUUGUGUAUUUUGUAGCCGGUGUUGGCAUUGUUUUUAACCCCAGAGAAAACCGGCAGCGAUUUUUCCUUGGUCACGACGAUGACAUUUUGUGCUUAACCUUGCAUCCAGACAAAUCUCAAGUUGCUACUGGACAAACUGGGAAAGACUCCUAUAUUUGUGUUUGGGACAGUAACAGUCUUGCUACUACAUCCAUCUUGAAAGGAGGACCAAAUAAUGGUAUUGGGGCGCUGUCAUUCGACAAGGAUGGCCAAAAAUUGGUUUCUGUUGGAAUGGACCCCUAUGCAACCAUACAAGUAUGGGACUGGCGAAAAGGGAAGGUCAUUGCAACGGUCAGGGGACAUUCUGACAGGGUCUUUGAUAUUAAAUUUAGCCCCUACCAAGACAACACAAUUGUUAGUUGUGGAGUAAAACACAUCAAGUUUUGGACACUGUGUGGAAAUGCACUUACUGCACAGAAGGGCAUUUUUGGCAAAGAAGGAGAGAUUCAGACGGUGCUGUGUGUCUGUGUGGCAUCUAACGGCCUCACCUACUCUGGUACCUUAAGUGGUGAUGUCUACGUCUGGAGAGGCACCAAGCUCGAUAGAGUUAUCACCAUGGCACAUAAGGGCCCUAUAUAUACGAUGGAUGCAUCAGAUGAGGGAUUCAGCACUGGGGGUAAAGACGGUGCGGUUAAACUGUGGGACAUGGAUUUCAAACCGAUCACCACGAUAAAUCUGGUCACUGCCAAAGAUGGUUACAAAGGUCUGUGUGUUAGGAGCGUGUGUUGGCGAGGAGACAAGGUCCUCAUGGGAACUCAGGACAGCGAGAUAUUUGAGGUUGGGGCCCAAGACAAGGACAUACCCAGGUGCAUCGUGCAAGGCCAUGCUGAAGGAGAACUGUGGGCGCUAGCUGCCCAUCCCAAGAAGCCUGUCUUUGCUACAGGGAGUGACGAUCAAACGCUGCGCAUUUGGAGUAUGAACACUUUUGAAAUUCUAUCAAAAACAACGUUAGAACAGAAGAUUCGUUCCUGUGCCUUUGAUAGUGAUGGUGGUCAGCUUGCAGUCGGGAUGAUGGAUGGCUCAUUUAUGGUGCUCAAAUCCAGAGAUAUGUCUGAAGUAAUCCAUAUCAAAGACAGAAAAGAAGUCAUCCACGAGAUGAAAUACUCGCCUUGUGGAAACUACCUAGCGGUCGGCUCAAACGAUAACUUUGUGGAUAUCUACUCUGUAGAGCAGCGCUACAAGCGGGUUGGGACAUGCUCAGGCAAUUCCAGCUUUAUUACACAUUUAGAUUGGUCAGAAGACAGCAAAUACAUUCAGACAAACAGCGGUGCAGCUGAGAGACUUGUGUUCAAGAUGCCAGUUGGCAAGCAGGCGACUAACAAGGAAGAGUUGAGUGCCAUACACUGGGCCACGUUCACGGGGGUGCUGGGACAGGAAGUUAAUGGAAUCUGGGAAAAGUACACCGACACUAACGAUGUGAACGCGGUCGACACAAACUACGAGGGCAAUGUUGCAGUGACUGGGGAUGACUUUGGCCUUGUGAAGUUGUUCAAAUUUCCAUGUUUGAAGAAAGGUGCCAAGUUCAGGAAGUAUGUGGGACACUCGGCCCAUGUGACCAAUGUCCGGUUCUCACACGACAAGCAGAGGGUGAUAUCCACAGGUGGAGGGGACCAUGCCGUCUUCCAGUGGAAGUUUUUUCCAGCAGGGAAGACGGAUAACGGCAUUGGGGACCCACAACAAGGCUUUGUGGAUUCUAACAGUGAAGAGAGCGAUUCAGAUUUGAGUGACGUUGGGGACAUGGAUUCUGACUUGGAGAAAGAGAAACAGAUCUCGUAUGAUCGGAACAUGUACCGGGAAGACGCUGAUAAAAUCAAGAGACAUAUGAAAGAAGAGUUGGGUGCUGGGAAGAAGCGAAAUUCUGCUCCCACCAACAGUUUGUCACUGGAAUUUGUUCAUGGGUAUCGUGGGUAUGACUGCCGCAACAACCUGUUUUAUGCACAAUCAGGGGAGGUUGUAUACCACGUUGCUGCAGUGGGCAUUGUCUACCAUCGCGAGAAGAACACACAACGGUUCUAUCUGGAACACACUGAUGAUAUCCUGUGUCUUUCCAUUCACCCUUUGAAAGACUACAUUGCCACUGGCCAGGUUGGACGCGACCCAUCUGUACACGUGUGGGAUGUAGAGACGUUGAAGACAAUAUCCAUACUGAAGGGUCAACACGAGAGAGGCAUAUGUGCUGUAGACUUCUCGGGAGACGGUAAGAAGCUGGUGUCAGUAGGUCUGGAUGACAAUCACUCCAUAGUGGUCUGGGACUGGAGGAAAGGGGAGAAACUGGGAACCACCAGGGGUCACAGAGACAAGAUAUUUGUGGUGAAAUGGAACCCGUUUGAUACCAACAAGAUUAUCACAGUGGGUGUGAAACACAUCAAGUUCUGGACACAGGCCGGUGGAGGUUUCACCUCUACUCGUGGGACGUUUGGCAAGGUGGCCCAGAACUGUGACAUGCUCUGCCUGGCCUUUGGCAAGGCUGACGGGGUCGUGUACUCAGGUGGUAGCGAUGGUAACGUGUUCAUGUGGGCCGGAGUGACCUUACAGAAGACUGUCAAGGCACAUGAGGGGCCCUUGUUUGCCAUGCAUUCUUUGGACAAGGGCUUUGUCACAGGAGGCAAGGAUGGCAUCAUCGGUCUCUGGGACGACCAGUUUGAGCGAUGCCUGAAGACCUACGCAAUUAAACAGGAGGCCCUCGCGCCCCAGUCCAGGGGCAUGCUCUUACAGGACUCCCCUGCGGUCCGGGCCAUCGUUCUGGGUCACGGCAAGAUACUGGUCGGCACCAUGAAUAGUGAAAUACUUGAGGUUGAUAAGGCGGGACCUAUAACAUUACUAACGCAGGGCCACUUGGACGGUGAAGUCUGGGGGUUAUCUGUUCACCCAACAAAGGAUUUCUGUGUCACUGUUAGCGAUGACAAGACCUUGAGGGUCUGGGACCUGUCAGACGCUCACAAGCUGGCCAACUCCAAGCUACUCAAGCAGGGAGCCAGAUGCGUGGAUUUCUCCUUCGAUGGAAAAUUCAUAGCCAUAGGAUUUAAAGAUGGCAGUUUCACAGUUGUAAACUCUGACACAAUGACCGAUGUGGUAACUCUGCAUCAUCGGAAGGAAGAAAUUUCUGAUAUAAAAUUCUCACCUGAUCCAGGGAAGUACCUGGCGGUGGCCUCUCAUGACAACUUUGUGGACAUCUACAACGUGUUGGGUCAGAAACGGACCGGGACCUGCAAGGGGGCCUCCAGCUAUAUCACACAUGUGGACUGGGACAGGCAGGGCAAAAUUCUCAUGGUGAACUCUGGGGCCAAGGAACAGCUGUUCUUUGAAGCUCCCCGGGGAAACAGGAUCACCCUGAAGAGCACGGAGAUUGAGAGGUUUGCCUGGAACUCCUGGACUUGCGUAGUUGGGGCAACAUGUGAGGGGUUGUGGCCGCCGAAAUGUGACGUCACAGACAUCAACGCCGCAUGCACCACACGGGAUAUGGGAGUAAUUGUGACUGCGGAUGAUUUUGGCCUCGUUAAGCUGUUCAAUUAUCCAGCUGUGGGCAAGUUCUCAAAGUUCAAGAGGUAUGUUGGCCACAGUGCCCACGUUACAAACUGCAGAUUUUCCAGCGGGGACAAGAAGCUGGUGACUGUGGGUGGAGCCGACACGUCGGUGAUGGUGUGGAAACACACGUCAGGGCAGGGCAAGGAGAAGACAACUAUGUGCGGUCAAAGUGAUGACUCAGAUACUGACUCGGAGGAAGAGGGAGGCUAUGAUAGCGAUGUUCAGAGAGAAAAGAACAUGGACUACAUGACAAAGAUUUAUGUGAACAACGUCAGAGAGAAGCAAGGAGUGAAACCCCACUUGCAGGAGACCAGUGAGAAGAAAAGCGCAUUUGUGAGCAGGAAUGCACCAGAGCCACCCAAGGUUAAGAGGGCGGAGCUUCCAGCAACCACGGGCGGGAAAAAGCAAAAAAUGACCCAAGUGAAUGACCUUCAGUUAGAAUACAUCUAUGGCUACAGAGGGUUUGAUGCACGCGACAAUCUCCAUUAUGUGAACGACGGGGCAGACAUUGUGUAUCAUGCGGCCGGAGCUGGGAUUGUCAAGAACCUUUCAACAGGCUCCCAGUCUUUCUACCUAAAGCACACAGAUGACAUCAUUUGCCUGGCUGUAAACCAGCAUCCAAAGUUCAAGAACAUCGUGGCAUCAGGUCAGAUCGGGAAUCCCCCUUGCCUUCACAUCUGGAACGCGGCCACUAAAGAAACGUUGUCCAUCUUACGUGGAGGGGAACACAGCAAGGGCGUGUGUUCUGUGGACUUCUCGUGCACAGGGAAAUACGUGGUGUCCGUGGGCUUGGAGCACAACAUCACUGUGUGGAGAUGGCAGGAUGGCACUGCGCUGGCCACAGUGGUUGGACACAGUCAGCGAAUCUUCCGCGCCGAGUUUCGCCCCGACUCCGACAGCCAGUUUGUGUCCGUGGGUGUGAAACAUGUUAAGUUCUGGACUGUAGCUGGGAACCAAAUUGUUGGCAAGAGAGCCAGGCUAACUGAUGCUGGAACUGGAACCAGUAUAAAGAGAUUGCAGACCAUGUUGUCUAUUGCAUUUGGAGCUAACAAUGUGACGUACACAGGAGCAAUGAGUGGCGACGUGUUUGUAUGGCAAGACAACAGCCUUCUCCGACUGGUGCAGAAGGCCCACAAUGGUCCCAUCUUCUCCAUGUUCACAACGCUGAGGGACGGCCUGAUUGUGACUGGGGGCAAAGAGAUGCCGGCCAAAGACAAUGGCCCCGUAAAGUUGUGGGAUCAGGAGAUGAAGCGAUGUAGAGCAUUCCCAUUGCGAGAAAAAGGACUUAACCCUGAUGUUGUGAAAUCAGUUUGUAGGAUAAAGGGUAAAAUCUUAGUUGGCACAAAGGACAAUGAUAUCAUAGAGAUUGCAGAGAAGACUGGGGUCAUUCAGACCCUGGUGGGAGGUCACGGUGAAGGGGAGAUGUGGGGGCUGGACAGGCACCCCUCCCUGCCCCAGUUCAUCACCGCUAGCUAUGACGGAACUCUACGCAUAUGGGACAUUGCUGCUAAGGCCUGUGUAGCCAAGCUGUCAGUGACUGCAGCCCGUUCGGUGUGCUACAGCCCCGAUGGGGAGAUGAUAGCAGUAGGCCUGAAGACUGGAGAGUUCAUCGUGCUACUGGCUAAUGGCCUGAAGACCUGGGGAAAACGCAGGGACAGGGCUGCUGCCAUCAGUGACAUAAGGUUCAGUCCAGAUGGUCAUUGGCUAGCGGUGGGCUCAGAAGACAACUGUGUAGAUUACUAUGAUGUCAGUAAGGGGCCAUCGCUCCAGCGAGCAGGAUAUUGUAAGGACAUCCCUAGCUUCGUGAUUCAGCUUGAUUUCUCAGCGGACAGCCAGCAUAUCAGGGUCAGUACAGGUGCCUAUGUGCACCAAGUGUUUUCUGUGCCAGGGGGGAACCUUGUGUCAGACAAGAAUGUCACCAGCAAGAUCACGUGGGCUACUUGGACCAGUGUGUUGGGUGAUGAAGUCAUUGGCAUCUGGCCCAAAGAUUCUGACAAAGAUGAUGUGAAUUGCGCCCAUCUCUCACACCAUGGCACGGCGCUGGCUACUGGCGAUGAUUCCGGCCUUGUUAAGCUGUUCAACUUCCCAUGUCCAGACAGAAAUUCGGCCCACAAGACGUUUGUAGGACACUCCGCCCACGUGACCAAUGUCAGAUUCACAGCAGACGACAAAUACCUUAUUAGCACAGGAGGGGACGAUUGCUGUGUGUUUGUGUGGAAGUGCAUGUAGCUGAAAAUGAUCAGGACAAGAUGACAGCAGAGAUUGUUUAAGCACGAAAACAGCUCACUCAGAAUGGACCUGAACUUGUUUGCCUUUUUGCCAGGAGAGUUCAAAUAAGCAAAUAUCCAAGAUGGAAGUCAAGAUCUUAAUUGCCAAUGUCACAAUUAAGAGAAUAGUAUAAUCAUGUUUUAAAGCGUGGGAUAUUGAUUUAGUUGAAAAUUAUUUUGAGAAAGUCGAAAUGAUUAUAUGCAUAUUUAAAACUCUAGCAUAUUUAAGAUAAACAACCUUUCACAAAAAAAGUAACCUGAAAUGAUGAUUAUUACUCUUGCUGUUGUUCUCAGUCAUGAAGAACUUGGUUUCUUAAUAAAAUUGUUGAUAAAAUGCAUAGAGCUAGAGUAUACAGCUUUUGGCUUGGUUCAUAAAUCCCUAUUAGAGAUAGGCACAUGGUGUAGAAAAGAAUGUUAAUUGACAGAUUGGUUAAAGGUGUACAAGGUGAAGUUGAGCUCAUUGGUUGUUGAUUGAUUUGUUACACAACAUAUGUACACACUAAAUGUUACAGUGGUACGAACAUGAAUUAUCUGGGGGCUUCUUGAUCCCUUACAUUAAAAUUUAAAUAAAUGUUCAUAUAUCAUAAUUUACAUUCUAAUAUUUCAUACAUAUUUUCCUCACAUUCCAUCAUCAUUUAUAUGGCUUUAAUAGCGAUUUAAAAUGUCAAUAGGAAUAUAUUAGAUGUUUUGUUUAAUUCUUGGUUUUAAUGGAUCAUUUCACAAUUUAAUCGUUACAUCAUAAAAUUUUGUAGUUGUCCAGAAAUACAUUGAUAAUUUGGUUAGUAAUUUUGUGUUUUCAUUAAUGCAGCUUUCUCAUUUGAGAGACCUUUUAUAACUUAUAUACAUGUAUCGGUCCUAUUUAUUUCCUCUUUGCUCAUCAUGAAUAGGUUUGUGAUGCUUAUUUUUGUUAAACUUGAUUAAAGGUGUAAGCAUUUUGUUGCACAUUUGAUUCAAAUAUCAAUUAUUUUGUUGCGAGCCCUUAAAAAAUAAUUCAAUUGUUUAUACUCAGGUUUGAUUUUUGAGUCUGUGAUGAAUAACAUUAAAUGCCGUUCAAAAGCAUGGAGAUUUUCAAGACAAAUGAUAUUGACAUAUCCAAUUUGGGAUAAAAUUAAUAUAAACUUGUUUUCAAAUGUGUACCGAAAUAUACAUGUAAACAUUUCAAACAUUGUAUGAUGUUAUAUUCCAACAAUGUAUCAUGAUGUUAUUUUAGUGCUUAACUUAUAAUGUAAUUAAACAUGUUUGUAUCUUUUUGUUAAUUUUUACUUUACUUACCAUUUUAGUGACUGCGAAAAUGUUAAUGCUGUAUUUAUGGCUACUAGUAUUUGUUAUAAACUUUUCUUAAAUUUAUAAAAUAGGAAAGAACAGUUAUCUCAUUUAUACUUAUACAUAUAUGACAUGUUUUGUUCUGAAUGGAAACAUGAAGUAUGAUUUGCAGAAGAUUUAUAUUAAAUCCAACUUUCUAAAAUUCAUCAAUGGAAGGAAUUCUGUGGAAAAUCACAUGUACAUGUUUAUAUAACUUCUGAGAAAGUCUUAACUUAAAAAAAAGAGUAAAAAUCAAUCAAUAUUUUAGACAAGUGUAUUUGCAAUUAGAUAUGUAAAUGUAUUAACGAAUGUUACUGAUUGUCUCAAUCAUGAUUUGUACUGGUACAAGUUUAACAAGAGAUGUGUUAGUCAGAAACACAAUGCCCCCUAAUGCGCCGCUUUGAAGUAUUUUUUUGACCUUUGACCUUGAAGGAUGACCUUGACCUUUCACCGCUAAAAAUGUGUAGCUCCAUGAGAUACACAUGCAUGCCAAAUAUCGAGUUGCUAUCUUCAAUAUUGCAAUUGUUAUGACCAAGGUUAAAGUUUUGGUUAAAGUUUUGGGACACACGCGCACAUACAAUGACAGACAGGCCAAAAACAAUAUACCCCGAUCUUUCGAUCCGGGGGCAUAAAAAUGUUGAUAUGCAGAGUGUAUUCAUCAUUUUGAUAAAUAAGCAGAUUUUGAAAAUGAAAUUUCCAUUAGCUUCAGCUUUUUCUGAAUAAAACCUAAUAAAACAGCAAAAUUAAGGACUUUUCUAUAUUCUUAAGUAAUUUGGACAAAAAUUGUUUAGCCAGAGUCUUGUCCCUUGAUUAUUGUUUACAUCAAAAAGGCAGUGUAAUGAUCAUAAUAUACAUGUGUUUUGGGCCUGCACAAUUGAUAUUUGUUGUUGAAAUAGUUGUGUACACCCAAAGUACUUGUUGGUGAUGUACUAAGUGCAAUUGUUAACAGAUAAGUGAUCAUGAAUACAAAUAAUUUUUCCAUACAUUUAUACAAUAUUAUAUGAUAAAUUAUAUGUCUUUGAAUCAAAAAUAGUGGCCUCAUGUUAACUUGUAAAUUGUUUUCAAAAUUGUGUAGAUUUUUUAUUCCAUAAGAAUGACAAAAGCACAUGAGUUAUACAUAUACUUGUUUUGAGGCUAAAGCAAAUGAAAAGGCAGCAACUUUUUAAUAGUUGUAGGUGUUGUGAUAGAAGUUAGUGCAUGAUACAUAUAGCUAGAAUAUAUUUAUUAAAUAAA